GGAACGCUUCCUUGACCUGGUGGAAGGACGUGUUGACACUGGUGGCAUGACCAAGAUGAAGGACAUCUCCCUGAAAGGCCUUAAAAAUGUUUCAGGCGAACUCAUUGUCAACAAGCUGCAGGACUUUGUGUGGGAUGAGGUUCUGUCGGAGCACUGCAUGUUGCCACAGAUUUUGGACUAUGUGGAAUGCUUCACUGGCCCAGACAUCAUGGCCAUGCACACAAUGUUGAUUAACAAGCCUCCAGAUCCCGGCACUCGCACUUCCCGCCACCCACUGCAUCAGGACCUGCAUUACUUCCCCUUCAGGUAG